CGGCAGUCUUUGGCUCCGCUCGUCCCGGGCAGGCAGUCCAUGUCCUCCUUCUCAUAGAAAACUCGCUCCCCAUGCUGGAGCAUUGGCCAGACCUCCAGCAGCAUAUACUCCCAGGCGUCUUGGGCGCCGUGCGCAUUGCGAAUCCUGGUAUCAACGUACAAAUAUUUUGGGAGACGACGGGGAAAACACAAGACCAACGGCCGGCGUACAAGUCACAGCGCCACUUCAAUGAUUUUCCAGAUAUCGACAUCGUCGGUCUGCCACAGAACAAGUUGUCCCCGCUCUUUAUCCGUCAAUCGAUCGACCUGUUUCUGUCAGGUAAUGACCCGAAGAUGCCCACGACGAGGCAUGUAUUCGUCGUGGCCAUGUCGAAUCCCAUCGACGAAGCCCCUGGGAAACCUGAUAUCCCAAAUCAGCAGACCCAGGUCAACGACACGAAAUGGGAUACAGUAGCUACAAAGCUACAGGAGAAUAAUGUCAUUCUUCAUGUCAUCGCCAACCCACUCGUUCGCUUAACGCGCAUUUUUGAAGUGUUCCGCAAGACGAUGCGGUUUCAAUCACGUCAAGAGGUGAUCCCGUGGCAGCCAGUAGACUCCACGCAUUGUAUUUGCCAUCUUUCGGGUUCGGCAAAGCAGUCAGAAAAAUACAGCCACUCAGCCGAAGAAUGGCCAGAGGUCCACCUUCCCUCCGCCAACCCCCCGUCUCCGGCCGCAAACUCGCCCAUUGACAUGAGCGAUGAGGAGAUCCCUUCCCCGAUUUCAGCUAUUGACAUGAUUAAUUCCAACCCAGGCUCGCUCUCUCUCGUCUCCCGCAUGCAGGCGCUCCAUGGGCUGGCGAGUCGGAGACGCCCAUCAGAGCGCAACCGCCGUCCAUCUGUGUCUCGCAAUGCAUUUUUCCGCGAGACUUCCCCAACACCCUCACCGCGUCGAGAGCGGCUCAUCAGCUCUAAAAAUAACCAGAAUAACAAUGCCAGUGGGAACGGACUCUGUAAUGAGAAAGAAAGACUCCGCCAGCUGUCACUGAUCGCCCUCCCAGCUAAGCGUCCGCCGGCAAGUUUCUCGAGUGCGCUUGACCUGCGCGGUCUGACUCAAGAUCCGGCGAUUCGCAGUCCGGUUGAAGGCUCGUUUACAGGCGGCUUCCUCGGGACUGGAGCCGGAAGCAGCUCAGGCGCGAGUCCACCAAUAUUGUCUGGUCUGCCGCCACCCUCGCCAGGCUCCGACGCGUCUGGAUCGACAAUGUCUAGUUCCUUCCACAGUAUUUCGUCUCUGACACGGUGCAAGACCGAUUUGCCCAUUGACAAUGCUAGCGAACUCGGACAAAUGCAGGCAACUUACACUAAUAGCAGACCUGUUCAGCCGUCGCCUUACCUACCGAGAGCUGGGAGUUCAUCCGACCUGCCAGCAUACCAAACAUUACCUGGACCCGCAAGUCCCUCAGUUUCCAGUGUUCCCGAUGUCCAGCGUACUCUUCCGGCUCCGUUUUACCAGGCUUCGACUUACGGCCCGUUCCCACAAAGUGCCUACUCUGUGCCUCCCUUGCCUACAUUUUCGUCCUUUUCGGCACCUUAUCCGGGCUUGGCUCCUGUCCACUCCGAGCCUUCUUCCUACCUCGGAAACAUGGACAACAUCUCACCAACCGCGCAUCUCUCUUCCGUCAUAGAGGACGAGUGCGAACCCGAGGUAGUUCCCGCAAGCGCGCCGCCAGACGCCCGCGGACAGGUUCCCUUCGUCUUUGACGAUACAUAUGAGCAACAGAGUAUCAUGCGCCUCCGUCAUGCAAUCGAUUCGAUGCAAGAAGUGACUGGGGCACGUGAACCAGGGCCCAGUAUUACUUCUUCCGAGCUUACAAGUGGAAGCUGGAAGGGACAUGAUACCGCACAAAGCGGAUCUUAUAUCCCAGAGCUUCCCGAUACGUUUUAUUCCGUGGACCGAGGGCGACUCGAAGAGAGGCAAACCGCAUCCUAUUUCACUCCCGCAGUGGAGAUGAAUUUGAUAUUAAUUACCAACUACCGAUUAGCUAAACAUUAUGUCUGA